CGAAAUUCAGUGCUGUUUUUUUAACAAUCUAUAGAUUUUUGUCAUUGUCAAACACUAAAUAGAAAAGCUGGGAAAACAAGAUGAGUGGUCGUGAGGGCGGUAAAAAGAAGCCACUGAAGGCACCCAAGAAGGAGGGCAAAGAUCUCGACGAAGACGAUUUGGCAUUCAAGCAGAAGCAAAAGGAGCAACAGAAGGCGCUCGAUGCCGCCAAACAACAGGCAGCCAAAAAGGGACCCCUUGUGGGCGGUGGCAUUAAGAAAUCGGGCAAGAAAUGAUGGAUAAUCGUAACGCAUAAAUAUUUGCUACUUUUUUGUUGGAGAAAUUCAUUUGUGAACACACACACACAUACACAAACGUACACGAUGUAAAUUGCAUUUGCAGAAACAAAUUCAGUUUUCGUCAAAUGUAAAUUGACCAAAAUUGAAUGUUCGAACAGUUUAAACAAAUUUCUCUUUUUAUACUUACGAUUUAACACAAAUAGCGCAUUAAAUACUGUAAUAAAAGCAACAAUUAA